AUGCCUGCGGUGAAGAAAAGUUCCAAGUCGAGUUCCAAGUCCAAUGUGGACGGAUAUAUCAAAAAGCUUGCUGCUAACGACCGGCCCACUAGAGAUGAUGCACUAAAGUCAUUGACCCAAUUCCUCUCCACCCAGCAUGCUCUUGACGAGAUGGAGCUCCUGAAGCUGUGGAAGGGUCUCUUUUUUACAAUGUGGUUCAGUGACAGACCUCGUACACAACAGAGAUUAGCCGACGACAUGGCGAAUCUCCUGGCUACAAUCCAUAAAGUCAACUUUUUUGCAUUUUUAGAAGCAUUUUGGGCAAUGAUGGCUCGUGAAUGGGACAACAUCGAUAAGCAUAGAGUAGACAAGUACUACUUACUAAUGAGACGAUAUCUUGCUGCAUCGCUCAGACGAUUGCAAGUGGAAGAGUGGGAUUCUGAAUGGGUCGAUAAAUAUACAGAGGUCAUGACCAAGUUCCCCCUCAAUGCCACUGAUGCUAAGGUGUCGAAUGGAUUGAGAUUGCAUAUGUUUGAUAUUUAUAUUGAUGAGAUCGAGAGGAUUAUGAACGAAAAUGGUGACGAUGAGGAUGCUGCUGAUGCCAAGAGUCGCAUUCCUUUCGGUCUGCUACUAAAACCUAUCGAAGACAUCAGCCAAAACAGUCCGCUGAAGUUCAUUCGAGAGCGCGCUAAAACCUACGUUUUAGAAGAUCCACGUCUCGUUGAAUGGGGAGUGGUCGAAAAAGAUGCAGAGGAAGCUGAUGAGGAGAGUGAAGAUGAAUGGGGUGGAUUUGAUUAA